UAGAGAGAUAAUUGGAUCACUGUUGAAGUAGUAUACGAUACGGGCUCGAUUUCUAAAUUUCUAAGCCCAAUAAAUAAAUAAACUCUGAUUCUGAUUUCAGGUCACCAUCUCUUCGUCUUUAUGCCGCCUACUCCCUCCACUUCACCACCACGAUGAGCGCCUCUACUCCCUCAUUUCCGCCAAAACCCUGAACAGAGAAAAAGGAAAUAAUAGAUCCCAAACAUGACCCCUUCCUCACUUUCCACCCGCCUCACCCUCUUCGCUCUCCUCUCCGCUACUACCUUUUACUUUCUUUACAAAUCCCGCCGCCGCUGCCUAAAACCCCUCAAACAUCUCCCUCUAAACCCUAACCCUAGACCAGGUAAGCUCUUCUUCCUCAGCCAAACCGGAACAUCCAAAGCCCUAGCUCAACGCCUCCUUGACCUCCUCUCCUCCAAGAAUAACAUUCCUUUCGACCUCGUUGAUCCCCAGACCUACGAACCGGAGGAUCUCCCUAAGGAAUCCCUAAUCAUUAUCAUCGCUUCCACCUGGGAAGAUGGAAAUCCUCCCCAAAAUUCUAAAUUCUUCGUCAAUUGGCUCGCCGAAAUCAGCACUGAUUUUCGCGCCGGGAAUUUGCUGCUUUCUGAUUGUAAAUUCGCCGUCUUUGGAGUCGGUAGCCGGCUUUACGGGUACACCUUUAAUGCGGUGGCGAGGGAUUUGGGAAAGAGGUUGAGAGGGUUGGGAGCGACGGAGAUGGUGCCGGUUGGGGAAGGUGAUGUGGAUGGAGGUGAAUUGGAGAGUGUCUUUGAAGGGUGGAGUGAAAAGGUGGUCACUGUUUUGAAAGGGGGAUUGGUGAUGGAGAAUGAGAAUGGCAUUGUUUAUGAGAGUGAUGUUGAAAGCCUUGAAAGUGAUGAUGACGAUGAUGGAGAAGGAGGAGGGGAAGACAUUGUUGAUCUUGAAGAUAUUGCAGGUAAAGGGCCAUCGAGGAAAAAGUCUGUUAAUGUGGCUGAAACUAAUGGGAAAUUGGAUGGGAAAAGAGAGAUGGUAACUCCAGUUAUAAGAGCCAACUUGGAGAAACAGGGAUAUAAAAUUAUUGGUUCACAUAGUGGUGUUAAGAUCUGUAGAUGGACCAAGUCUCAACUUAGAGGACGAGGAGGUUGUUACAAGCACUCAUUUUAUGGAAUAGAGAGUCAUAGAUGCAUGGAGGCUACACCUAGUUUGGCAUGUGCCAAUAAAUGUGUUUUCUGCUGGAGGCAUCAUACGAAUCCAAUAGGGAAGAGUUGGCAGUGGAAGAUGGAUGAUCCCUUAGAGAUUGUCAAUACUGCCAUAGAUCUUCAUACAAAGAUGAUUAAGCAAACGAAAGGAGUUCCGGGUGUUACACAAGAGCGAUUGAUGGAGGGUCUAUCCCCUCGGCACUGUGCCCUAUCACUUGUUGGUGAACCAAUUAUGUAUCCUGAAAUUAAUGCGCUUGUGGAUGAGCUGCACCGAAGGCGAAUCUCUACAUUUCUAGUAACUAAUGCACAGUUCCCUGAAAAAAUUAAAAUGCUGAAGCCUGUAACGCAGUUAUACGUGAGUGUAGAUGCUGCAACAAAGGAUAACUUGAAGGCAAUUGAUAGGCCACUCUUUGGGGAUUUCUGGGAAAGAUUCAUUGAUUCCUUGAAAGCUCUCAAAGAGAAACAUCAACGAACUGUAUAUCGCUUGACACUUGUGAAAGGAUGGAAUACAGAAGAUGUAGAGGCUUAUUCUAAACUCUUCGUCCUUGGGAAGCCUGAUUUUGUUGAAAUCAAAGGCGUGACAUACUGUGGAUCUUCUGCCACAUCAAAGUUGACAAUGGAGAAUGUGCCAUGGCAUUCUGAUGUUAGGGCUUUCUCGGAGGCAUUGGCUUUGAAAAGUGAAGGGGAGUAUGAGGUUGCAUGUGAACAUGCACACUCAUGUUGUGUCCUCUUGGCAAAAACUGAAAAGUUCAAGGUCAAUGGUCAAUGGCAUACAUGGAUUGACUAUGAAAAGUUUCAUGACCUGGUGGCUUCAGGAAGACCUUUUGACAGUGAGGAUUAUAUGGCUCUCACUCCGUCAUGGGCCGUCUAUGGAGCUGAGGAAGGUGGAUUUGAUCCUGAUCAGUCUCGGUACAAGAAGGAGCGACAUCACAAGUCAAAGCGCUGAGCAGUUUGUAUUGGUAUGAGCAAAUAUAGCCAUUUUACUUGGGAAAGAUGGUUAAUCAUUUAAACAGUUUUGGUUUAGUUGGCCAUAAUAUCUGAUUUAAAUGAUAGUGGGUUUUGUUUUUUUUUUUGGUGGGGCGAGGAGUUUUUUUUUUUUUUUAUGGGGGAUAAAAUAGUUAAAUGGUAGUGUACUGCCUUUCUCUUUGUUGUAUUCAUAUUAUCUUAAAAACAAUUUUGAUUUCAAACGUUGCCCAUGUAGGGGUCAUGCAAGUGGCUCUAUUGAUUUCUCUAAUUUAUGCACCUACAUAUAACCAUUGUGAAGGAAAA